AUGCUCUUCACCAGAAGAAAACCAGUAACAUCAGUUGAAGGAACUCAGGGUAAAUACGUGAAACGGGAAAGUCCACCAACUGUGCCGUCAUUAGCAGCCACUGCCGUAAGUAGGACAAGAAGGAAUCCAAUUGCUGCUUCUACAUUAAUUUUGUCAUCGGUCCCUCCACCUCCAUCAAGUACACCACCGUCAGAAUUUGAGAUGUUUCAUUCGGAAAACCCAAGUGUUGAAGAAAAUGAUCUCGAUGAUCUCGAGCAGCAGGACCAGGAAGAUUCAUUCGAUAUUAAUGACCUAAAGGAAAUUGAGUUCGAACGACUGCAUUCCAGAUCUACUGCAAGCGAAAACGAUGUUUACACGGAACCAUCAGAAGAGCCGUCAACUUCAUUUGGUGUCCGAAACAACAACGUUCUCUCUUCCAGAAGUUUCAAUCGAGGAGCACUGCGAUACGUGCCAAGAAAAUCACUAACUGCAUCACACUCGAUUGGUAAUGUAGAACAAGGAAUGCGGGAGCUCAGUGUUGGUGAAAAAGGGCUCACAUCUCCACAGCCCCCAAGAUUUCAAUCUCUACAAACACUGCCAAGUGAACAUUUGAUGACAAUUCAACAGUACCGAUCAUCUUGUGACUGUACAAGUGAUCUACCACUACCGGAGAACUGGGCGGUUGAAUUCACAACAGAGAACCAGCCAUAUUACGUGGAUCAUGCGAACCGAAGAACUCAUUGGGUGCAUCCGUUGGUUCAUGAGAGUCUGAAACCUGGAUGGAAAAAGAUUUUUGAUCCGCAGAAGGGUGUUUUCUAUUAUAAUGAAGAGAUGAAAAGAACACAAUAUGAACAUCCUGGGAUCUCGAACCCAAUCUUCCGAACGGAAUCUGUAAAUGUGGCCAGCCGAUCAACUGUUGACUUGAAUGCAAAUCUUCAUAUCAUCGAAGAAAAGGAGCUCCCACCUUGGUUACUGAUGUAUGCUCAAUCGGAUUCAUCUCUGGACCACCUGCUAGAGUGGGAUCUCUUCAAUUUCGAGCAACUGACGGAGUACGAGCAUCUUAUGAUGAAGCUUUACAAACAGGAAGUGUUCGAUAUUGUCAAAAAAUAUGAAAAGAAGCGAAAUGUUUUGAACCGAGAAAUUCAUCGACGGGACGUCUCAAGACCGCCUCCACCAAGAAUAAAUGAGAAUUGA